GCUCUCCUCUCCUCCUCCUCUUCCUCUCUGGUCUCCUCCCUCCUCCGGGCUUGGUUGCAAAUGGCUUCGUUCUCCGAGACCGACUUCCAGAUCUGCCUGCUGUGCAAGGAGAUGUGCGGCUCGCCGGCGCCGCUCUCCUCCAACUCGUCGGCGUCGUCGUCGUCCUCGCAGACGUCCACGUCGUCGGGGGGCGGCGGCGGGGGCCCCGGGGCUGCGGCGCGCCGCCUACACGUCCUGCCCUGCCUGCACGCCUUUUGCCGCCCGUGCCUCGAGGCGCACCGGCUGCCGGCGGCGGGCGGCGGCGCGCCGGGAGAGCCGCUCAAGUUGCGCUGCCCUGUGUGCGACCAGAAGGUCGUGCUGGCCGAGGCGGCGGGCAUGGACGCGCUGCCCUCGUCCGCCUUCCUGCUCAGUAACUUGCUCGACGCCGUGGUGGCCACGGCUGACGAGCCGCCGCCCAAGAACGGGCGGGCCGGCGCCGCGGCGGGCGCGGGCGGCCACAGCAACCACCGACACCACGCGCACCACGCGCACCCGCGCGCUUCUGCCUCGGCGCCGCCGCCGCUCCCGCCAGCGCCGCAGCCGCCCGCGCCGCCCCGCUCAGCGCCCGGCGGCCCCGCGGCCUCCCCGUCGGCGCUGCUGCUGCGCCGGCCUCACGGCUGCAGCUCCUGCGACGAGGGCAACGCGGCCUCGUCGCGCUGCCUCGACUGCCAGGAGCACCUGUGCGACAACUGCGUCCGCGCGCACCAGCGCGUGCGCCUUACCAAGGACCACUACAUCGAACGCGGCCCGCCCGGCCCCACAGCCGCCGCCGCCGCCGCGGCGCAGCAGCUCGGGCUCGGGCCGCCCUUCCCCGGCGCGCCCUUCUCCAUCCUCUCGGUCUUCCCCGAGCGCCUCGGCUUCUGCCAGCACCACGACGACGAGGUGCUGCACCUGUACUGUGACACGUGCUCAGUGCCCAUCUGCCGAGAGUGUACUGUGGGCCGGCACGGCGGCCACAGCUUCGUCUACCUCCAGGAGGCGCUGCAGGACUCACGGGCGCUCACCAUCCAGCUGCUGGCUGAUGCCCAGCAGGGCCGCCAGGCCAUCCAGCUGAGCAUCGAGCAGGCCCAGACGGUGGCAGAGCAGGUGGAGAUGAAGGCAAAAGUGGUACAGUCGGAGGUCAAAGCCGUGACUGCGAGACACAAGAAGGCCCUGGAGGAGCGGGAGUGUGAGCUGCUGUGGAAGGUAGAGAAAAUCCGCCAGGUGAAAGCCAAGUCCCUGUACCUGCAGGUGGAGAAGCUGCGGCAAAACCUCAACAAGCUGGAGAGCACCAUCAGCGCCGUGCAGCAGGUCCUGGAGGAGGGGCGGGCGCUGGACAUCCUGCUGGCCCGAGACCGCAUGCUGGCGCAGGUGCAGGAGCUCAAGACCGUGCGCAGCCUCCUGCAGCCCCAGGAGGACGACCGGGUCAUGUUCACACCCCCUGACCAGGCCCUCUACCUCGCCAUCAAGUCCUUCGGCUUUGUCAGCAGCGGGGCCUUCGCGCCGCUCACCAAGGCCACGGGCGACGGCCUCAAGCGGGCCCUCCAGGGCAAGGUGGCCUCCUUCACUGUCAUCGGCUACGACCAUGACGGGGAGCCCCGCCUCUCAGGAGGCGACCUCAUGUCGGCUGUGGUCCUGGGCCCUGAUGGCAACCUGUUUGGUGCGGAGGUGAGCGACCAGCAGAACGGGACAUACGUCGUGAGCUACCGGCCGCAGCUGGAGGGCGAGCACCUGGUAUCGGUCACCCUGUGCAACCAGCACAUCGAGAACAGCCCCUUCAAGGUGGUGGUCAAGUCCGGCCGCAGCUACGUGGGCAUCGGGCUCCCGGGCCUGAGCUUCGGCAGUGAGGGCGACAGCGAUGGCAAGCUGUGCCGGCCCUGGGGCGUGAGCGUGGACAAGGAGGGCUACAUCGUGGUCGCUGACCGCAGCAACAAUCGCAUCCAGGUGUUCAAGCCCUGCGGCGCCUUCCACCACAAGUUCGGCACUCUGGGCUCCCGGCCCGGGCAGUUUGACCGGCCUGCCGGCGUAGCCUGUGACACCUCCCGCAGGAUCGUGGUGGCCGACAAGGACAAUCAUCGCAUCCAGAUCUUCACCUUUGAGGGCCAGUUCCUCCUCAAGUUCGGUGAGAAGGGCACCAAAAACGGGCAAUUUAACUACCCUUGGGAUGUGGCGGUGAAUUCCGAGGGCAAGAUCCUGGUCUCCGACACGCGGAACCACCGGAUCCAGCUGUUCGGGCCCGAUGGGGUCUUCCUGAAUAAGUAUGGCUUCGAGGGGGCUCUCUGGAAGCACUUUGACUCCCCGAGGGGGGUGGCUUUCAACCACGAGGGCCACUUGGUGGUCACCGACUUCAACAACCACCGGCUCCUGGUCAUUCACCCAGACUGCCAGUCGGCCCGCUUCCUGGGCUCAGAGGGCACUGCCAAUGGGCAAUUCCUGCGCCCACAGGGCGUGGCCGUGGACCAGGAGGGGCGCAUCAUCGUGGCCGAUUCCAGGAACCACCGGGUGCAGAUGUUCGAGUCCAACGGCAGCUUCCUGUGCAAGUUUGGCGCUCAGGGCAGUGGCUUUGGGCAGAUGGACCGGCCCUCCGGCAUCGCUGUCACGCCGGAUGGGAUGAUUGUCGUGGUGGACUUUGGCAACAAUCGAAUCCUCAUCUUCUAA